CUGACUUCGAUAACCCUCGGAAAGUGGGAUAAAGAUAUCCAAGUGAACAUUUUCCGAGACAACACCCCCGAAGCCCCUAUUACUUGCUAUUUUGCUUUGCCAAUUUUGCGCCCAGCGAUUUCUAUUUCGAAUACCCAGUUUCGGCCCCAAAGGAAUGCGCUCAACGAGUGCAGGGGCAUCUUGGCACUCAUACCGCCAUUAUUGAUGCGUGGAGAUCAGGAACCAUGAUGAGCCCUGUCAAUGACGACUUUACGCCCCUGGUGACGGUGGUGGGCUUCCAUCAUGCGAGAGGUCCUGAGGUUGAGUCGUGGUAUGGAGCGGAUGAGGGGACGGAUCCCGCCGAGUUAAAUAACUGGCCUCUACUCCCGUUCAUGGCCUUGUCGGAUGGGGCACAUGCAUCCUCUGAGGACUUCUCCUACUUCACGCUCCUGAAGCCUGGGGUUGAUGCCACCCUACCUACCUCCCUCUUCGGCAUAUCGUGUACGAGACAAAUAGCAGCUUCCGAAUUAUUAGAAAAAUCGGCGGAGGUUACACGCAGUACGGUGCAGAAGGCUGUUGUGGUUAUCGCGGACUCCCCACAUCUGUUUGGAAUGCUGAGGGAAAGGCUAAGCGUGGUAACAAGCGCAUGGUUUGCCCAGAAGGAUUUUUCAGAGACGGAGAUAUUGAAGAGGUUCCAAGAAAGCCUGAAAGAUGAAGCGGAAAGAGGAAGGCUAAAGGAAGAGGUCGACAGGGACCAGUAUCUCGGCAUGAGCUUGCGACAAUUGAUCAGGGAGUUCAAGUGGCAGACAUUGGUGCUGUUCAAAUGCUGCCUGUUACAACCAAAGAUGCUCUUCUUCGGGACUCGGUGUGAGAGGUUGUGCAUGAUGCAAUUCUCCCUGAUAUCGCUCAUUCCAGGCUUAAUACGAAAGUUACAGGAUUGCGCAGAUCCUGAACUAGACAGCUAUGAGAGAGGCCUCGCCAAGCCGACAAGCCUGAAAACAAGUGACAGGAACUCGUUACUAUCCUACAUGGGCCUUCCCUUGCAGAUUUUCCCCAAAGGUAGCCUGUUUGGACCAUAUACCCCUCUCCAACAAUUGGACACUUUGGCCGAUUUCGGCACAAAAUCAUAUAUCGUCGGAUCAACCAAUUCGCUCUUGUUGCAACAAAAGGAUCGCUAUAGUGACAUACUAAUUAAUCUUGACGAAAUAUCUAUCAACAUAACAUCAACCUCGUUAAGAACGGCCCUGAACCUCUCUGUUGCCGACCGUCGUUGGAUCGAUUUCAUAACACAAUCGGUUAACGAUACUUGGGACGAUGCAAACCCCGAGCGCCCAAGUACUAUGGGAUACGUAGGAAGCGAAGAGUUCAUACGGCUCCAAUUCGAGGAGUAUUUACUGUCCUUAAUAUCUUCUGUCAAAUGUCACAACUACAUGACCGCCAAUGCAGGAAACCCGAAUGUCAUGCUCCCGCAACUCGAGGGAGACCCCACUUAUGAUUUUGGAUCGGAUUGGAUUGAGGCAUGGGCCCAGACGGAAAAUUAUAGGAUAUGGAACAAGAACACAGACAGUCAUCUUUUUGACAUUGUCGAGCCAAAGCAUCCCUGCGCUGGUGGGUUGACUAUCGACGAUGUUCAAAGGCGUCUUGCUCAACAAGUCCAAGAGCUUCAUCUCGAUGAACGAUUUGCGGUGGGAAAAGAGGUUCUGGGGCGCAACCUCGCAGCUGGAAAGGAAAGGGCUAGCGGCGUCUUCAAUAAACUCUACAAUGACAUGGAGUUACUACGAGAGAGCCAAAGGAGACGUCGUGCCGAGCAGGCGGCUAUCCCAGAGCGCAAUGAAGUAGCCUCCCCAACAGCUAGACAUUUUGUACCAGACUUAACGAAAGCACAAGCGGCGGCGGCGAAUGUGGGCAGCAUGGCUGGUUCAUAUGUGAGCAGCUGGGCUUCCUGGGCUGGAGAAAAGAAGAAGGGGUGGGGCGCGGCAUCUUCAAAACGAAACUCGGAGGACGUACAAGAUAUUGAUUUCACGCCCAGGGACAUUACUCCGAAGGCAUCGAUAACUAUGUCUCGUGAUACGGCAAGGUGGACUCCUGAAAUAAAACCCUCCAGCGCCUCCCCACAAGUUCCAACUACCACUAUUUAUGAAGAGCUACAACAAUCACGACCACAAACACAGGAAUCGUACAAAGAGAGCAUUUUUGAUGCUGAUAGUGCGACUGAUGAUGAGGAGGCUGCAAGGGUGGUGGGUAGGGAGCCUUCGACUUCUCCAAAGCUUCCAGAGCCCAAGCCGACAACCGCACUGGACACAGAGCCGUUGGCUGCUGCGAAUAUUCCAGAUUCCAAGCCGAUUGCCGCGCUGAACACUGAGUCUUCGGCUGCAACGGACCUCCCGGAGCCCAAGCCAACGACCACGUUGGACGCGGAGCCAGCGGCAGUCACGAGCCUCCCAGAAACCAUGUCAGAGAUCCCACUGGACACAAAACCACCGACUGCCACGAGCAUUCCAGAAACCAUGUCAGAAAUCCCACUAGACACAGAGCCAUCGACUACUGCAAGCCCUCCGGAACCCAAGAAAAUAACCAUACCGACCAAAGAGCCACCAGCUGGACCAUUAUCUCCCGAGCCAAUUAAAUCGGCAAGGAGUGAUUCAAGCGGCAAGGUGAGCGCGAUGAAGCAGCGAUUCGAGGCCGCGGCAGCUGCCAAAAAGAGUUGAUGUAGCCUCAUCGAUAUGGGUGUAAUUUAGACAACCUGAAUAGACAACUGUCCACCCAAGAUUUUAUAUUUGAACAUUUUAAUUUUAACUUAGCUGUAUAUUUGUACAUAGAUCCGUCACAGUAUUUCCCAGCCAGCGAAGGUCGGAUAUGCGCAAGCCAUAACUAUACGACUUGAUACCAAAAUCCGGG